UUAUACCAUAUAAACCAAGCAUUAUUUUUAAAAUAUAGAGUAGCAACACUGAUAUAAUAUCAGCUUAAAUGACGUUUCUUUCAUCGUUCUUUCAUUGUCAAAUUCCGCCAAAAUGACGAAAGGUACAUCAAGUUUCGGUAAACGCCGGAAUAAGACACAUACAUUGUGUAGACGAUGUGGAAGAUCGUCCUAUCAUAUUCAGAAGUCUCAAUGCGCUCAAUGCGGAUACCCUGCAGCUAAACUGCGUUCCUACCACUGGUCAGUUAAGGCCAAGCGCAGGAAGACCACAGGCACUGGUCGCAUGCGUCACCUUAAGAUUGUAAGAAGGCGUUUCCGCAACGGCUUCAAGGAAGGAAAACCCACCCCCAAGAAAGCUGUUGCCUCAUCGUAGACUUAAUGCUUAAUAUCAAUAAAAAAAUUAAAAAGUA